AUGUCCGAGGAAGAUCUGAACCUUUUUGCCGCAGGAUUUAGCGCAAUUCUCGGAUUUCAUGUUGUUCAUAGCCCUGCUGGCCACGGACUACCGAAACUUUCUAUUCAUGAACUGUUUUACUGUACAUACGUAACGCAAUUGCUCGAAAAUAUGCCUCCCAAAAACCUGUUUAAUGUUCACAUAAAAAGGAUAACAGGAUCGACAACAACUAUUCAAGUUACUAAAGACCACAAAAUUGGUGAAGUAAAAGCAGCAGUUGAAAUAAAAACUAAAAUCCCAGCUCGUGAUCAACAGCUUAUGUUCAAUAAAUCUCGUUUGCAAGACCACCACACAAUCGCCGAACUCGGAGUCCAACCGUCUGGAACAAUAUUUCUUCUUAUUCGCGCCAAAGAAGGAGGACCUGACAUUCAGUUGUAUCACAGCGACUUGGACCCAAGAUACAACUGUGAUUUUACGAGCGCGUCUGAUGAUGGGAAGGUAUACAUGAGAGGAGGAAAGCAAUGCAAACGCCCUUAUGGAUGGAAUAGAUAUGCGGUUAAAGUCCUCGGAAUUUACGAUUCCGAGGAAUGGCUUGGAGCAGACGGUAUGAGAACAGAACAAGCGCAAGGUGAAUGGCCUGUUUCUUAUCAUGGCACGAAAUUACAAGCAGCUAUUUUGAAAGCAGGGUACGCUAUUGGACAGAAAGAACGCCAUUUUGAAGGCGUUUACUCAAGUCCAAAUGUAAAUACUGCUGCUACGUAUGCUCAUGAAUUCACGCACAAUGGUUGUCAGAGGAAAAUCGUUCUGCAAAACCGUGUUAAUCCUGCCGCGGGUCGUCUUGAGAUCAUCCCUGCUAACUAA